AUGCCGAAUUUCAACCAAAAACCCCUAAUGGGAAAUAUCUGUUCCAAAGAAUCAGAUAACACAUCUGUUCUCCCAUCCGAUCGUACCAAAGUGACAUUCAAGAAAGGCGGCAAGGUUUACUGGACGGGACACGGAGAGAUAUUAACAAUUCCUCUUACAUCCAAUAGCCCAAAUGCACCAGAAGCCAGCAGCACCAAUAAUAAAAACCGGAACACUUCAUCAGAAAUCCACGGCGUGCCGAGUGCUACUUUUGCGGAUGGAAAUGCCGAUUUAAUUACCGUUAAGGUGAAUUCGGGACGCAUGAGGGAGACUAUUGGACCUGAGAAUGGGAAGGCGGCAUCGGAGAAGGAAUAG